ACUCACUCACACACAUACACACACACACACACACACACAUGGUGUAGAAGAAGCUCAGAGAGGAAGGGGAAGCUGAGAGCAGUGAGAAGGUACCUGUGCUACUCCCACAUGAGCUGCUCCAUGCCGGACCACCGGAUCUGCUGACCUUCUGACCCCCAGAGGGCCUGCUUACAGCGUGCACCAUGCAGAACGGUUCUGCGGCUGAGAAGACUUUUAACGGAGAACAGCUCAAAAUCGUGAUCGUAGGGGACGGAGGGUGCGGGAAAACCUCCCUGCUGAUGGUUUAUGCUAAAGGAGACUUUCCUGAGACGUACGCGCCCUCAGUGUUUGAGAAGUACGUAACCACGGUGACUCAUGGAGGGAAACAAAUUCAGCUGAACCUGUACGACACGGCGGGUCAGGAUGAUUAUGACCGUCUGAGGCCGCUGUCCUAUCAGAAUGCAGACCUCAUCCUCGUCUGCUAUGACGUCACCAACCCCACCAGCUACGAGAACGUCUUAAUUAAGUGGUAUCCUGAGGUUCAUCAUUUCUGCCGAGAUACCCCCAAAAUCCUGAUUGGCUGCAAGACUGACCUGAGGAAGGACAAAGAGAAGACGAGGAAACUCAGAGCGAUGGAGCAAGCGCCAAUCACCUACACACAGGGGGAGGAGACACAGAAGCAGAUGAACGCUGAGCUUUACCUAGAGUGUUCAGCCAAAUACCGUGAGAACGUGGAGGACAUUUUCAAAGAGGCCACAAAAAUCGCUCUGGCGUCCAGACGGAAAUUACGAAAAGCCCGAAAAAAGAGAAAACACUGCUCCAUCCUGUAGAGGCAGAUAAAACCAGGAUUAGAAGAAGGAACCACGGGAGAGUAUUUAAAAAGUUUUCUGAACAUUAAGAAACAUUCAGAAACAUUCAGUGAAAUUUAGGAAAUGUUCAGAAAUAUUUAGAAACUUUCAGGAACUUCUGGAAACAUCCAGAAACAUUCAGGAUCUUUAAGGAAUGUUCAGAACCAUUCAAGAAAUUCAGAAAACCUCCAGAAACAUUCAAGAACUUCAAGGAACUUUCAGAAACAUUCAGGAACCUUAAGGACAUUUCACAAACAUUCAGGAACUUUAGGAAAUAUUCAGAAACUCUCAGGAACAUCUAGGAUCUUUUAGGAACUUUCAGACACCUGAAUGUAUGAAGACUCAGGGAAAUGCACAAGUUUUUAUAAUAAGCACUUAUUGUUAUUAAUAAUAUUAUAGCAAUUGCCGAUUUGAAUAUGAAUUAACAUUGUAAUGGUCAGGCCUGUCUGACCCUCAGCGGUUCUGACCGACGUUCUCCACAGGUGCUAAAGGGCAGAAAUGUUUUGCACUGAUACAGCGGUCACUCAGGGGUCAGUGGGAGAUGACCUGCUGAUAUUUGCUGCUAUCGGCCCAGCAGUGUUCCACUGGACAUCAACUGUUUACUCGCACUGUAACUCUCCUCUCCAGACUCCGCCCACUGAUGUGCUCCAUCAUAGCUACUGCUGUGAAGCUGAACGAGCUUUACUGAGCGCUGAUGAGAAUCUACAGCUGGCAUGACAAGCAGUUUUCGAAAAUUGAUAAAUCGGGACAAAGUUAUUGAUAAAUAUCAAUAUUUUUAUUUUUUAAAACCCCAUAUUCUGGAUUUCUAGGACAGUUUCUGUUUACGCCAGAGGGGGCGCCAAAUCCCAACACUGCAAGAAAUGAUGUUUUAGAGUGAGACGAUCUUAAAUCUAAUUAACAUAUGUCAUAUUUCUCAUUUUGCGAUUGAUGUACACUCUCAAAAAAGAUGGUUCUUCAAGGGUUCUCGUAAAGAAAAUGGUUCUAUUUAGAACCAUAAACAUUUUAAAGAACGUCUGCAUGGUGAAAUGGUCCUUCAGAUUGAUUAAGAAUGUGUUGUAUAUGGUUCAAUGUAGAACCUUUUUGAAAAGGGCUCUAUAUAGCACCAACAAGGGUUCUGCUAUUGUUAAAACCAUCUUUUAGAAGAGUGUAUUAGAUUAGAGUAUUAGAUUAUUUAACUGAUUUCUAGGCAUGUUUACUUGUUUUACGUCAUUUUAACACAGUGGCGUAAUAUUUUGCUCGUGACUGAGAUAAUCUUACAACCUCACAACAGUCACUGUUGAAGAGCGUGUUGGUGGGCGGAGCCUGCAGAUGGCAAUUACAGUACAUUCCAACAGUUUCCUGUGAUAGAGAAGUGCUGUGGCGUCAUUCCACCUGUGUAAUCACACGUUAAUGCUGUGCAAUCGCUGAUUUUCCACAUUAGCUGAAGCUGCUUCUAGUAGUAAAAAGAGGAAGGACUGAUGUCAGAAUAUAACCUCACAGUUUGUGUUUAGUUUAGUGUCAGUGUUCAUCCCUGAGCCCUAUGAUAUUUUAGAGCUUACAGUCAUUUUUCUGUACUUGAAGGUAAAUUCCAUUGUCUUUUCAAAAUGUCUGCAUUAUUAACCCUCCUGUUAUGUUCAGCUGUGAAGAACAGUAGUACUGUUCCAGGUCAAAUUGAUCUGAUGCAUGUUUAACCAUCCAAAAGUAGUUAAAAACAUAUUUUAAACAUUAUCUUUAGCUCAAUUAAUAUAAAUUUAAUCAAUAUUGAGUGUAAACAAGUUUAUCACCCCUUACAAAUCAUGUUUACUUAUAAUAAUUCACUUGUUUUUCAUUAAAAAAAAGACAUUACAACUAGACAUUCAGCACAUUAUUUUAUUUAUCAUUGUUUACACGUUUUCAACAUUUUUGACAUAUUUUCUGUCAUUAUGUUCAUUAAAACAAACGAAACAUGUUCUGGGUCAAACCAGCUCUGUUCUGACCACUUCAAAUCAAAUCACACUAAAUGAGCCAUAAGUCCAGCAGAAGAGGUUUAAUCCUAUAAAAAUUAAAAUAUUUUUCUUUUGAAUUGGGUGAGUUUGACCCACAACAUAACAGGAGGGUUAAGAUGUAAACAGAGUUGUUCAGAGUGGUUUGGUGUGAAAUGCUCUGUUCUAGUGAAACUUACUGAGUCAGAAUUGUUCAUAGUGGUGGUGAUGGGAACCAGACGUCCACCUCUAAAAGCUCCCUCACAGAAAGGUACUACAUGAAAUGCUUAUGAAUUCACUGCCUGAUGUCUUAGACACUGUUAUAUGAUAGUUUUAAGG